GGCGGCGGCGGGAGUGGGAGCGGGCGCGGGCGGCGAGUGGGGAGCGGGGCCGGGAGUGGAGCAGCCGCCGCGGCGGGACUGGACCGAGCCUCGCCGGCGCGCACCUGCCCGCAGCGCCCGCGGAGCGCGCAGCGCGGCCCGAGCGCGACGACCUGCCGAGCGGCGGCCGAGGCGGCGGUGUGGGCGCGUCAGGCCGCGACGAGGGCGCUGAGACAAGUUUACAUGUAUUGGAGACCAGACCAGAAGCCCUUCUGAAUUAAGGAUUUCCAAAACUGAAAUUCUAAAUGAAAGCCAAUGGCAGAUAUGGGUCAUCAGGAAGAACAGACAUGAGACCUCAGCAGACCCUGUCUUAGUGGAUUAGACGGGCAAGUUCUUGGAGUCAGCACAGCCAGAGCUUAGCCGUGACAUUGGCACUGGAGGAGAGGAGCCCAGGCCAGAUCUCACAUUCUUGAAGGUGGCAUUGAAGAGCACUAAGAUCGGAAGAUGAGUGAGCUUGACCAGUUACGGCAGGAGGCCGAGCAACUUAAGAACCAGAUUCGAGACGCCAGGAAAGCAUGUGCAGAUGCAACUCUCUCUCAGAUCACAAACAACAUCGACCCAGUGGGAAGAAUCCAGAUGCGCACGAGGAGGACACUGCGGGGGCACCUGGCCAAGAUCUAUGCCAUGCACUGGGGCACAGACUCCAGGCUUCUCGUCAGUGCCUCGCAGGAUGGUAAACUUAUCAUCUGGGACAGCUACACCACCAACAAGGUCCACGCCAUCCCUCUGCGCUCCUCCUGGGUCAUGACCUGUGCAUAUGCCCCUUCUGGGAACUAUGUGGCCUGUGGUGGCCUGGAUAACAUUUGCUCCAUUUACAAUCUGAAAACUCGUGAAGGGAACGUGCGUGUGAGUCGUGAGCUGGCAGGACACACAGGUUACCUGUCCUGCUGCCGAUUCCUGGAUGACAAUCAGAUCGUCACCAGCUCUGGAGACACCACAUGUGCCCUGUGGGACAUCGAGACCGGCCAGCAGACGACCACGUUUACCGGACACACUGGAGAUGUCAUGAGCCUUUCUCUUGCUCCUGACACCAGACUGUUCGUCUCUGGUGCUUGUGAUGCUUCAGCCAAACUCUGGGAUGUGCGAGAAGGCAUGUGCCGGCAGACCUUCACCGGCCACGAGUCCGACAUCAAUGCCAUUUGCUUCUUUCCAAAUGGCAAUGCAUUUGCCACUGGCUCAGACGAUGCCACCUGCAGGCUGUUUGACCUUCGUGCUGACCAGGAGCUCAUGACUUACUCCCACGACAACAUCAUCUGCGGGAUCACCUCUGUCUCCUUCUCCAAGAGCGGGCGCCUCCUCCUUGCUGGGUACGAUGACUUCAACUGCAACGUCUGGGACGCACUCAAAGCCGACCGGGCAGGUGUCUUGGCUGGGCAUGACAACCGCGUCAGCUGCCUGGGUGUGACUGACGAUGGCAUGGCUGUGGCGACAGGGUCCUGGGAUAGCUUCCUCAAGAUCUGGAACUAACGCCAGUAGCAUGUGGAUGCCAUGGAGACUGGAAGACCAUUCCAACUUGGACGCGUUACCAUGAGAGCAUAUCCUAUUCAACCGUACUAACGUGGACACCCUACACCUCCCCUCAGAACUUCAAAAGGGCAAGAUCUUUUUUCCUUCACUUAUUGCUGAAACCAAGAGCACAAUUCCCAUUAAGAGAAGGAUCUCUGUGCUGUAAACUAAAACAAAUUGUGCAUUCCUUCCGGGGCCAUCGUCUUUGUUUUCUUUUUUGUCUUGAAUGAAUUUUAAAAGGAAAUAUAUAAUAAAAAUGUUAACCAGAAGGUAAACUUGAGUGUAAUUGUCAGACAGACACACCUUUCCACUAGUUUAUUUGAAUUUUAGACCAGUGACCUUGUUUUGUGGCAUUCACGCAAAACACACUGAGGGCUUUGUUCAUCUGGUCAUCAUGUCCAAAUUUCAGUCAUGUUUGUAGCAAGAUUUUGGAAGCAUUCAUAUUUCCUUUUUAAAAUGUAUUCCUUUGUGUUCAACAGUUAAUCAAAACCAGAGAGUCUAGGGCAGCCUCUCUGACGUUGUCAAUGAUGUAAAUUCAGUCCCUGGUUUUUAAUUUUCUGUCUAGUGUCACAGAUCAUUGUUGCACACAAACGUGGCAUAGAAAAGAACAUGUUCAGAAGCCAUGGGGCCAAGCACACGCGGGGACGGUCUCAAAUGCGUGAUCAGAGAAUCCUUCACCUUUGCUGAAAAGUGAGCUCAGAUCCAGCACCAUGUUCCUCCUGACCCAUCCUGUCUAUCUUCUCAGUUGAGUUUUUAAUCUCACUUUGGGUUUCCUUGUGAAGUUGGAGGGAAGUUUAUAAUAGCCUAACACUACCCCACCCCCAACUAGGAGGAACCUCUGUUUUCAAGAGAGAUGCCUGUCCUGUGCUUGGAUAGUCAGUCAAUUAUUUGUGUAUGAAACAAUGUACAAAUCAAUGUUUUGAAAAUAAUGAUCUCAGACUUUCUAAGUUAAAUUUUAAAAAUUUUGAUUGUUUGCCAUAUUGGGUGGGUUUACUCUUAGAAUCGCAUGCUGUAGAAAUGCUCAAAAGUGCAUAUAGGACUCAGUCCUUAGGUGUUCUUUUUCUUUUAAGAAAUAACCUCUUACAGUUGUAACCAUUGCGGCUCUGUCCACUUCUCGUUGCUGCUCUGUGGCACAUAUCGGAAGCAGUACAGCGCGCGGCUCUACACGCUUGGGUAGCGGGAUAAGUCACUGUUUUCUUUAUUUCUUUAAAAAAAAAAAAAAGUUCUGUUGCAAACGACUGCUGUUGGAUUCUGAGGGUAGGGAGGGAGAGGGAGUGAAGAGCCUGCCCUCCUAUAUGGAUUCUUCAGGGCCCUCCACAUCUGAGGUGGCUCAUUCUCAUCACACACAGAUUGUCCUGGUGUUCAUUUCAAGGCCAGUGUUCAGCAGCAGCGUUUGGAAAGCAGGUUCUGUGGGACCCCCCCCCCGCCCCGCCCCCCGCACUCCUUCAUAGCAGCAGUAGUGGCUUCUCCAUCCUGUUUUCUGCAACAUUCUAUACAAAACUGUGCUGUGACCUUGCGGUAGGCCUGGAUCUGGCAAAGAGAAUACAAAUGAAACCCCUUCUUUCUCUUUCCGUCCAACAACUCUGUAGAGCUCUCUGCACCCUCACCCCUUUCCACCUUUUGUAUUUAAUUUUAAAGUCAGUGUACUGCAAGGAAGCUGGAUGCAAGAUAGAUACUAUAUUAAACUGUACUGUUAUUUAAGAUGUAAUAAAGCAGUUUGACAUGA